GCACCUGGUGACCCUGUUUGACCUAAAAUGGCUGCUCACAUGGCAAACGUGCUCCUCACAAGUUUGUCUGAAAAAGACGGCAAAACUUCACUACCGUGGGCCAUUGAAGUAGCAAAUGAACACCAACUGCUACAGAGUGAACAGAAUGCACAGGACUGGGUGAGUCACAUCAACACAAGUCUGGGGACAGCCAAGACCAGGUUGGAGGGACUAUGUUUGCUGGGUACCGUGGUGCAGCAGUGCAGUGCAGGUACCUUUAUACAGCAUGGUACCACCUGGAUCCGAAUGCUGACCCAGGUCCUACAGGCCUAUGACUCUCCGCUGACCCUCCAGAUGGCCAGCCAUGUCCUGGGCAGUGUUGUCCAGCAGGCUGCCCAGUACCCUGAGGUGGCCAGAGAGGUGGCCACUACGCACAUCCCUACACUGGUGCAGUGUCUGCUGGGAGCUCAGGACCAUCAGUGGUUCCCAUCAGCGCUUGAGGCCCUGCAGUCCUGUAUGAAGAACUUCCCUGGUCCCUGUGGAUCCUCCAAGGGGAAGGUUGAAUCUCUUAUUUGUGGUCUUAUGGACACCAGUCAGCCCAGGCUGUCUCAGUUAGCGCAGCAGACCUGCCCACUGUUAGCGGGGUGUGGCGGGGGCGGGGCAGGUGGUGUCAAGUACACGGAGGCCUGGGCUCACCUGUGUGACCAGGUGUUGGGCUCACUGCACCAGGUGUUGGACCACGCCUACCAGGACAUGGAGACAGGUUUGCAGACCUACAGUGUACCGCAGGCAUCACUGCGUCUUAAGACAGUACCUGAGUCGGAUCCAGCCAGGACGUUUGUCUUAAGCACCAGGUUUCACAACCUGUGUGGCUGUUUAGAACAGUUAGUCAGUCAGGAGUUCCCUGCUGUAGUGAGGAUUCCUGUACCAGACAUACUAGCCUUCCUCUGCAGAGCACUGGGGGUCAAUCCAAAAAUGCUGUUUGGAAAAGCAUCCAUGGAGCAUGUGCUUCUCAUGUCCGCCCUUCCCAAGAUGCAUUGCUCUGCACUGAGUAUUCUUGAGGCCCUCAUCAUAAGCUGUAGAAGCCACCUGGUUCCACAUGCCUCCGUCAUCUCACAGCUGCUGGUGCAGACUCUGGGCUGGACCACUUCAGAGGAGGGGGUGCCAGGGAGACAGAGGCCUUACAGCACCCUACGGAGUAGAGCAUACACAGUGCUGACAGUAUGGCUGAACGUGUGUAGUGCUGCCAGUGGAGUGGACAGUCAUGCUGAUGUCAUCCUACAACAUGUGCUGAAGGAUGCCACACCUCAGGCAGAUACCACCAAGGUUUGUCAGUUGGAAUAG